AUGUCACAUCCUUCGAAGUACAAGGGACACUUCUGUUACCAAUGGCAAGGGAAGUCCUCAAAGGCCAUCGUGGUGGUUGCAGACGAAGCUCUCAAUAUAUCAAAAGAGGCCCUCGAGCUGGCGAAGCAGUCCGUACAGAAACCACGAGAAGUCUCCAAUCAGGAUGAACAGCUCAAGCAAAAGGCAUCCAUUGCAUCAGAAAUCAGUGUCCUCAGUCUUCAGGAGGAGAUAGAGUGUUCCAUUUGCCUCAAGCCAUAUGAAAUCCCAAAGAUCGUUGGCGAAUGCCAGCACACAUUCUGUCUCGAGUGCAUCAGGAGUCACAUCAAACAGCAAGACACUGCUGACAAGUUCGUUUGUCCUCUCUGUAGAAAGCCGUGCCCAAUUCCAUCAAGUGGAGCCGAUGGUUUAAAGACAGAUUUUAAAAUGGCCAGCAUUGUUGAUAAAGUUAAAGCCCAUGGUUCGUCUGACCGGAUGAGUCAGUCAGUUAUUCAGAUUCCCAAAGCAGCAGCCCCUGACCCAAUGACUGCGUCCCUUCCUGCUGGGGAGCUUCCGGCCCCAACCAUUGCGGCUCCACCCUGUGGCGCUUGUGGGAAAUCUGCCUUUAAUUUCUGUGAGCGAUGCCACGGUGCAAACCUCUGCGGUGACUGCAGUGCGUCUCAUUCCGUCACCCCGUUCACCAAGGAUCACGAGCUCAUUGAAUUGUGCGGUCUCCAUGGGAAGCCCAUCGAAUGUUUCUGUUUUGACUGCGACCGUGUGGCUUGUUGUAUCUGUCUGAUGGCCAUCCACCCAGUGAACAGUCACAAGGUCACGUCAUUCCGUGAUGUCUUCAAGGCCGCGCAGAUGGGUGUCACCACUGGUCUCGAUCAAUGCUCCAUCAUGCGGCGGCGUGUCCAAGCAAAUGAGAAAGCAAUGGGUGUCUUCUAUUGCCAAGUGCUAAGGAAACAGGAAAAAGAGAAGCUGGAAAGGGAUGAGGCUGCUGAUGAAUCUACUCGAAAAAUCAAGUGGGAGCUCGGUGAUGUCAGAGCUGAGAUUGAAAGCAUCAGGAGGAGGUUAGAUAUUCUGUUGCAGCAGGAGAAAGACCUUGUGAGGGCCAAAGAUCACUUUGAGACCGAAAACGCAAAAAGCAUUGAAGAAAAGGAAAAGAAUUGGAAAGCGGUGAUUGGGGAUAUGAGGUCCUCUAUUACAAGUCUGGGGGACUCCAUCCGAGGUUUAAAGGGCGUAAUGGAACAUGGUCAAGAGAAGAGAAAGAUCAGGGACUUGAGUGGGGACAACCUGGCUCUUCUGAAACAAGCCGUGAGUGGAAUGCAGACCCGAUUCUCUGACGCUGACCAGGCCGCCAAUGCGGCAGAGAAGAUUCGUUUCUCCUUAAAGACCAAGAUAGGUAUCUACACAUUCCAUCACCUUCACACCAACUCUGUGGCAUUGAGACAGGAAGACACCAUAGCUGAGAGGUGGGAGUGGGGGAAGGGCUGGUCGAUGGUCUUCACGGACAGGCCCCUUGAUGACGGGAAGGUAGUGGAAGUGACCAUCACUGGUUAUGACGAGAGCAAGCCGGAUUGGGGAUCUGCCUAUGGUAUAUCCACUGUCCCUCCAGACCAACUUCUCGAAGUGAGUCAAUUAUCUGGGAAAUGUAGCUACAAUGGCAGUUGGGACUUUGACGGCUCCUGGACUAUCUGUCAAAACGCCAUCCGUCGCGGAAAUCGUCAGCUCGGGAAAUAUAAUUUCAACACGCUGCAACUGCGGAAAGGCACAAAACUUGGGAUCGUAAGGAGAGCUGAUGGCAGUGUGAAUUUCGUGGUGGAUGGAAUAGAUUACGGAGCAGCUUUUCAUGACAUACCUGCAGGUUCGUAUGGAUACUUCUGCCUUGAUGGACGAGUAACUGAACUGACCAUGACGUAAACAACUGUGAGAGAAGUUUGUCAACGAGAGCUCUCAUCUGAAAAAUGGAUGAGGACGAAAGCAUGUUUACCAAAUGUAUGCAUCUACUUAUCUUUCCUGCAAAUAGACAGCUGCUUGCGAUGGCAAAUAGGUUCUUGAGAUACCAUUUUUAUAGAUAUUACCAAUGUGUAUGUUAAUCAUCAUCGUUUUAGCGGGAAAAUGACAGCUUGGAUAGAUUGAUUUAAAGGGUCGACGGUAGCUUUUAUCGAUGACCCAAUUGCACCCAAGAUCUGGGUCAGUUAUUAUGCAAUGUACAGUUAGCGCUGAGUGGUAGGGAAGUUUGAGGGAAGGCAAAAUAUAUUUCGUGUCCGCACUUGAUUAUAUUCCGAUGACAAUAAAUGUUGUAUAAUUGAGAGGAAAAAGUGCGGUUGUUUUUUGUUCAUGCAGAGCGCUCGAUCUUCUUACCAGAAAAGAUCACUGUCGGUACAUGCCACGAUGGUCAUUUUUAAACGGAAUAAAUAAAUGUAAACACAGUA